AGAAACAAAACUGAAUAUUUUCACCUAAUUUGUAGUAUUUUAAAAUCUGACAUAAGAAUCGAUUUAAAAUAUGUUACUACACUGUUUAUUUUCACUACUGCUCCCUCCUCCAUCUGGGCCUUGAUGACGUUACACAUGUAUAGGUUAAAUGAUGUCGGUGUUUGCUUGUGGCAACAACACCAGCGAACAGAUUUUGGAAGGCUAUCCCAGUAUACUGUGUUGCCCCUCUCUCAUGUCUCUGAGAGGCAUCACUCACAUUGAAGUGACUUUCAGCCAUAUAUUGUGGAAAACACAAUCAGGUUGGACAUGGACUGGGUACAAGUGUCAUGAUGGCUCUAAUAUAUUAACUAUAAACCCAGGGAGUAAGGUAUUUAUCAGUGAGAACCGUACAGCAGCAAUCAGUAAUAAUGGUUCUGCCGCAGUAUGGGAGAAAACAGGAUGGAGGGCUUUGCAUUUUCAGAAGGAUUUUAAAGAGGAAGCUGGGACUACUUUCACAUGCCUCCCACAUACCAAGACUCAAAAGUAUUUAAAAUUUCAAAGAGAAAGGGAGGCACGAAAUAAUGGUAGUAGUUUAGAUUGUAAUUUAUUUCAAAAUGAAGAUUACAUAAAAUUGCCUAGAGCAUCUGUGGAAGAAAAUGAUUUGCAAGAAAUUUACUCUAGUGACAGUUGGAAGAGGAAAGAGCUCAGUGAUAUGCAAGGAAGUCAUUCUGAAAAGAAAUCAAAACUUGUAGAUGCAAGUGAGAAUCAGGAUGAGUUGUGUGAUGCAGACUACAGCACUUCAGAACCAGAAGGGAGUGAACACCAGGUGCCCAAAACAAACACUCCACAAAUAGUUUUCUGUCAAGUAGCUGUGGAAGAUAAUGUCCUUCUUGCACUUGAUAAAGAUGGAGUAGUUUACUGUGGCAGUGUUCCCAUAACACUUGGACUGAAAAUUACUGAGGUUGCAGUAGGCAAGGAGCACUGCAUGGCACUAACAGCAGAUGGAGACAUCCUUACCUGGGGCAGUGGAAUGAGAGGACAAUUAGGGGAUGGUGAGUUGUGCCAGAAGGAGAAGCCUUUGCCAGUGGAGAGCCUUCAGGGCAUCAUCAUUUCAUCCAUUAGUUGUGGAGGCUGGCAUUCUGUUGCACUAAGUGAUAGUGGAGAUGUCUACAUUUGGGGUUGGAAUGAAAAUGGCCAGUUAGGUUUUCCAGUGAAAUCUAAUUUCAAGCAUUCACUCUUUGAGUCAUUUAAACAUGUAUGUCAGUGCCCCAAGAAUCUUACAAUAAGGAGCAGAGAGAUAAGCGUUGAUACUAAAGAGCAGAGUAACAAGGAAACAAAACCCCAAAGUGAAUAUCUUAGCCAGUGUCUAUGCAUACCCACAAACAAAGGGAAUGGGCAUGAUAAAGUUUCAUUAAAAGAAGAGAAAAUAUUUGAGACGACAAGAAAAGAACAAAACUUGAGGCUUUUAGAUGACAGAGUGAACCAAGACUGUAUCAAAGAUGUAAUAAAUGUUCAAGCAUCUCCCAAACUGUUGGACUUCUGGAGUGAGAAUGUGAAAAUAGUGGAUGUCCAGUGUGGAGAUAGACACACUUUAUUCCAAUUAGAUGAUGGCAGUGCCUGGUCAGUUGGCAUGAACAAGUAUGGGCAACUUGGUCUUGGACAUACUGACGGUGUUGAGGAACCCACUGAGGUGUUCAGGAGGGGUGUGACCAAAAUUUAUGCCGGAGGAUGGAAUUCUGUUUUUGUAACUACCAACUGAGGUGCUCUGGUCACCAGAAAUACACACACCAAAAAAGUACAUGCUUUAAAAAAAAUGGGUAAGAUUAACCCUUAGGCCCCGGGUGACGUUCCAGAACGUCCGCCUAUUUUCCCGCCUUAAACUGUUAUUAUUUUAUUGUCUAAUCAUCACUACAUAUAACACCAUCCAUCAU